AUGGAUACUUUGGUGAAUGACGGGAACACUUACAAAAAACUUAAGAGCGAUCCAUCAAAGAAAUUACAACGUAACCUAAAUCAAAAACUUUGGCCGUUACAUUUAGCAAACAUUAUAAAGAAACCUUUGUACUCAAAACAUCGUUGUUCGGUUGCGCAAGCUCCAAAACUGUAUGGUUUGCCUAAAAUUCACAAGGAGAAUACACCUAUGAGACCAAUCGUGUCGUUUUGUUCAUCACCAACAUAUGAACUUUCAAAAUAUCUUGCACGCAUUUCGAAGCCUUUUUAACAGAACGCUCCGAACACCGCCUCGUGAAUUCCGCAGAUUUCAUAACGAAAAUUCAAGCAGAGACGAUCAGUGCCAUUCAUGAACUGGUCUCCUUUGAUGUUAAAUCUUUAUUCACAAGUAUUCCAUUAAAACUAGCAAUUGAGUGCAUGGAAGAAUCCUUAGCUAACUAUGAUGAUGAACUUCCAAUCCCGAAGGAAGAGAUCAUAGACCUACUCAAAUUAUGUUUAGAGUCUACAUUUUUUCAGUACAACGGAAGUUUCUACCAACAACUUCAUGGCACAGCAAUGGGAUCUCCAGUUUCCGUAGUCGUAGCAGAGAUUGUAAUGCAACGGUUAGAAGAACGAGCAUUAUCCUCAUACCCAAACCCACCACCUUUUUGGUUUCGCUACGUCGACGAUACCUUGACGA